AUGCCGGGGAUCGACAAGCUGCCCAUCGAAGAGACGCUGGAGGACAGCCCGCAGACAAGGUCUUUACUGGGUGUAUUUGAAGAAGAUGCUACAGCUAUUUCCAGCUAUAUGAACCAAUUGUAUCAAGCUAUGCGUCGGAUUUAUGAUGCACAGAAUGAAUUAAGUGCAGCAACACACCUGACUUCAAAACUUUUAAAAGAAUAUGAAAAACAGCGUUUUCCAUUGGGGGGUGAUGAUGAAGUUAUGAGUUCUACUUUGCAACAGUUUUCAAAAGUUAUAGAUGAGCUUAGCUCUUGUCAUGCGGUACUUUCAACGCAGCUUGCUGAUGCCAUGAUGUUUCCCAUUACCCAGUUUAAAGAAAGAGAUCUGAAAGAAAUAUUGACAUUAAAGGAAGUGUUUCAGAUUGCCAGUAAUGAUCAUGAUGCUGCAAUUAACAGAUACAGCAGACUGUCAAAAAAAAGAGAAAAUGACAAGGUGAAAUAUGAAGUAACAGAAGAUGUCUACACUUCCAGAAAAAAACAACACCAGACCAUGAUGCAUUAUUUUUGUGCAUUAAAUACUCUUCAAUACAAAAAGAAAAUAGCAUUGUUAGAACCUCUACUUGGAUACAUGCAAGCUCAGAUAAGUUUCUUUAAGAUGGGUUCAGAAAAUCUUAAUAACCAACUGGAAGAAUUCUUAACUAAUAUUGGAACAAGUGUACAGAAUGUUCGCAGGGAAAUGGACAGUGAUGUAGAGACCAUGCAGCAGACAAUAGAGGAUUUGGAAGUAGCCAGUGACCCCUUAUAUGUGCCUGACCCAGAUCCCACCAAAUUUCCUGUUAAUCGAAACUUAACCCGGAAAGCUGGCUACCUUAAUGCUAGGAAUAAAACAGGCUUGGUGUCAUCUACCUGGGACAGACAGUUUUACUUCACGCAGGGCGGAAACCUAAUGAGUCAGGCCCGUGGGGACGUAGCCGGAGGCCUGGCCAUGGACAUAGACAACUGUUCAGUAAUGGCUGUGGACUGUGAAGACCGGCGAUACUGUUUUCAGAUCACUUCUUUUGAUGGAAAAAAGUCUUCAAUUUUGCAAGCAGAGAGUAAAAAAGACCAUGAAGAGUGGAUCUGUACAAUAAAUAAUAUAUCUAAACAAAUAUAUUUAAGUGAAAACCCAGAGGAAAUUGCUGCACGAGUAAAUCAGUCAGCUUUGGAAGCUGUCACUCCUUCCCCAUCUUUCCAGCAGAGGCACGAGAGCCUGCGGCCAGCAGGACAAUCUCGGCCACCGACAGCUCGAACCAGCAGUUCAGGAUCCUUAGGAUCUGAGUCCUCAAGUUUGGCUGCCCUCUCUUUAGAUUCUCUCGUUGCCCCAGACACCCCAAUACAGUUUGACAUCAUUUCUCCUGUGUGCGAAGAUCAGUCUGGCCAGGCAAAAGCCUCUGGCCAGGGAGGCAGGCGUACAAAUCCAUUUGGAGAAUCUGGAGGAGGUAUUAAAUCCGAAACUGAAGAUUCUAUUCUUCAUCAGUUGUUUAUUGUCCGAUUCCUUGGUUCUAUGGAGGUGAAAUCAGAUGACAAUCCAGAUGUUGUUUAUGAAACAAUGCGACAAAUCUUAGCUGCCCGGGCCAUCCAUAACAUUUUUCGUAUGACAGAAUCACAUUUAUUAGUCACUUGUGAUUGUUUAAAGUUAAUUGAUCCACAGACACAAGUUACAAGGCUCACGUUUCCGUUACCUAGUGUAGUUUUGUAUGCUACACACCAGGAAAAUAAGAGGCUUUUUGGAUUUGUUCUUCGGACAUCAGGAGGGAGAAGUGAAAGUAAUCUGUCAUCCGUCUGCUAUAUAUUUGAAUCAAACAAUGAGGGUGAAAAGAUUUGUGAUUCUGUUGGACUGGCGAAACAGAUUGCUUUGCAUGCAGAACUGGAUCGUAGGGCAUCAGAAAAACAAAAAGAAAUGGAGAGGGUCAAAGAGAAGCAACAGAAAGAACUCAGCAAACAAAAACAAAUUGAAAAGGACUUAGAAGAACAAAGUCGGUUGAUAGCUGCUUCCAGUAGACCGAACCAAGCCAGUAGUGAGGGGCAGUUUGUUGUCCUUAGCAGUAGCCAGUCAGAAGAGAGUGAUUUGGGAGAAGAAGGAAAGAAGAGAGAGUCAGAAGCAUAA